UCCAGUCCAGUCCGUCCUUUCCCCAGUUGGGCAGGAGGAUUGACUCCGCCCUCGUGGGGGGAAGGGGGUGGUUCCACACCCGGCAGCGCCAGGUGUUCCUGCGGAGCCAUGGCGGCUUGUUCCUUUCGGAGGAGCAUCGCCUCUCAGCUUUCAAGAGUUUUGGACCUGCCUCCAGAACAUUUGAUUAAGUCAAUAUCUGCAGUUCCUGUCUCCAAAAACUGGCAGGUUGCUGAUUUUCAGCUCUUUGUGGAUUCUGUGACAGGGAACAGAUCUAGCAGUCACUCAAAGGCAGAUCUUCAGCUUCAAGCACAGAAGUUAGCAGAGAAGCUAAACUGUGAUACAAUAGUGAGUGAAAUCAGCACUGGUCCAGGCACAGUGAACUUCAAAAUAAACAGAGAUUUAUUAGCAAAGACAGUGUUGCAGCAUGUGCUUAAUGAUGGCUCAGAAUAUGGAAUAAGAAGUGAACUCUUCUCUGCACUGCCCAAAAGAAAGAUAGUGGUUGAAUUUAGUUCACCCAAUAUUGCCAAGAAGUUUCACGUAGGACACUUGCGGUCCACAAUAAUAGGGAAUUUCAUAGCAAACCUCAAAGAAGCUCUUGGACAUCAAGUAACCAGAAUAAAUUACCUUGGUGACUGGGGCAUGCAGUUUGGCUUACUGGGAGCUGGUUUCCAACAGUUUGGCAGUGAAGAAAAGCUAAAAUCCACUCCUUUACAGCACCUCUUUGAGGUCUAUGUACAGGCUAACAAAGCAGCAGAAGAUGAAAAUGGAAAGAAGAUGGCACAAGAUUUCUUUAAAAAACUGGAGGCAUGUGAGGCACAAGAGCUGUCACUGUGGCAGCAUUUUAGAAACUUCAGUAUUGAAGAGUAUGUCCGUAUUUACAAGCGUCUAGGGGUGCAUUUUGAUGAAUAUUCCGGAGAAUCAUUUUAUCGUGAGAAGUCCCAGGAAGUGCUGAAGAUGUUGGAUAAAAAAGGACUCCUUCAGAAAACGGGGGAAGGAACAGGAAUAGUAGAUCUUUCUGAAAAGGGAGACCUUUCAUCAUGUUCUACUGUGGCACGCAGUGAUGGGACAUCCCUUUAUAUAACAAGAGAUCUUGCUGCUGCUAUAGACAGAAUGAAUACAUAUAAUUUUGAUACUAUGAUUUAUGUGACAGAUAAAAGUCAAAGCUCCCACUUUCAGAAACUGUUCCAGAUACUGAAGCUCAUGGACUGUGAAUGGGCCGAGAGGUGUCAGCAUGUGCCUUUUGGGCUAGUACAAGGCAUGAAGACUCGAAGAGGAGAGGUGGUUUUCCUGGAAGAUGUUUUAGAUGAAGCCCGUACAAGGAUGUUACAAAACAUGGCUUCUGCAAAAUCAACUAAAGAACUGGAAAACCCUCUUGAGACUGCAGAAACGAUUGGGCUUGCAGCACUCAUCAUUCAGGAUUUCAAGGGCCGUCUCUCAUCUGAUUAUCAGUUUAGCUGGGAUCGGGUUCUCCAGAGUCGAGGAGACACAGGUGUGUUCCUGCAGUACACACAUGCCAGACUCCACAGUUUAGAGCAGAUGUGCGGAAAUGGGCAACUUGCUGACAUUAAUGCCGCAUGUUUACAAGAUCCACAAGCCCUAUCAAUCCUUCAGCAUCUUCUCAGGUAUGAUGAGGUUCUAUACAAAUCCUCUGAAGAUCUUCAGCCCAAGCACAUUGUCAGCUACCUCCUAACACUCAGCCAUCUUGCAGGUGCAGCACAUACAACUCUCCAUGUGAAAGGCAGUGCUCCUGAAGUAGCACAGGCGAGACUCUGCCUCUUCCAGGCAGCACGGACUGUUUUAGCUAAUGGAAUGAAACUCCUUGGAAUCACACCUGUAUUAAAGAUGUAAUAAAAAGGGCCCCUGCAAUGUAAAUGAAAA